CGUUUUAAUAUUGCCAUAAGAACGACGUUUCAGUAAAUUCAUAAAGUAAUUGCGAUAAUUCGAACUAAGGUCCGAACCGGUUGUCCGCUACAAUGCCGACGCCGAACUCGAUAUGUUGUUAGUGGAUAUAUAGCCGCUAUUCUCCUCGACGCAUCCAGUUGUGAAUCCAACUUUAAUUGUUAAACACUAAUCUAUUAACAAAAUGAACAUACACGCCGUAGUGUAUAGUGUUUUAUUGAGUUUUGUAUUAUUCUUCUGCCGAAAUGGAUAUGCGAAAUUAGCCCCUGACUACAUCCAUCCCUGCGACGCUACGACCAGAGAAUGUUUAGUAAAAUCGACUCAAGACGCAAUCCCUGAGUUCGUGAAGGGCAUUCCUGAGCUAGGCGUGCCAUCCCUGGACCCCUUCGUUAUCGAGAAAUUGGCCAUCCCACUGAGCGGACUUAAGGUCACGUUCUAUCAAGGAAAAGUCACCGGCUUCCGAAAAUGUGUAGUAGACAACGUCAUAUCUGAACUUGAGAAGCGUCACUUCGUGUUGGAAUUCCACUGCAACCUGACCAUCAAAGGACAAUACGACGCCGUUGGAAGACUCCUAUUGUUCCCCAUCAAUGGCGAAGGAGACGCCAAAAUAAAACUAACAAACCUAAGGAUGAAAGUUGACAUAAACACAAAAUACAUUAAAGACGACAAAGGAGUCAAUCACUUCGCUCUCAAGAACUACAAAUAUUCAUUCGACUAUGGAGACCGCGUUUCGUUCGAUCUCCAGAACCUCUUCAAAGAGAGCAAGGAAUUGAGUGAAACAGUAUUAAACUUCUUAAAUGAAAAUUGGAAGACUGUUGCUGAAGAAUUCGGCAAGCCCAUCGUGGACUACGCCGUAGACUUAGCCAUUAGAACGAUAGAGAAAUUCUUCCUCGCCGUUCCUUACGAAGAACUUAUCAAUGUUCCCAUACCUAAGUAAACAAGUACAAUAUAGAUAUAAAGUAGAAUAGUAA